CCAUGGGCUUGGCGGCCAGUACAGGGCACUAUGGUAACAACGCCCCAGCGGACAUCACCUCAACUUGCCGCCGCUGUUGUGCUCUGACCUCACCAACUUGAACCACGUAGAGCUAUCUCAUCAACCGUCAACAAAAGCUUGCUCACCACUUCGACUAAGAAAGAUAGGAGAGACGCUCGAAAAUAAAUAUAUCCGACAUGGUUUGCGCAAAGUGCCAAAAGAAGGAAAAGACGACCCUCGUUACGCCGGCGGUCAAGAAGAAGAGUGAGAUGUACUAUGGCUCCCCAGCAGCGGCAACAUCGUCAUCAUCGAGCUCGGCCACGGGACCCAAAAAGUCGGCAACUCUGGGCAACACAGGAGUGACAAAGAGCAAACUGCUGUCCAAGGCGGCUCAGAACCCCUAUGCUCAAUACUCCAGCACUUGUACGCGCUGCAAGGCAAAAGUAUCACAAGGCCACACCUUUUGCAAUAAAUGCGCGUACCGCGCCAAUUCCUGCGCAAUCUGUGGCAAGCCCAACAAAACUACUACUGCCGGAGCACCCCUUGUGAACGGCCAGAAGUUCACCUUGAAGUGAGCAUGUCGCAGACAAAUCGUUGCUGGACAGGCACGAAAAUUACCAAAGCUACGCUGCGAUACGA